AUGUCUGAGUUACGACAGAGAACGGUUGGAGAAUCAUCAGCGGGCGUUGUACGAGAUCCCAGUGAAGAUCAGAGAGAAGAUAUUGAGUCGGAAGAUGACGCAAAACUGGAAGUUGAUGAAUUGGCGAAAACCCUACCACAGGGUACUGAUCAUACCCCAGGUAUCCUCGAAUCUGUUGUUUCUGGCUUACCCGAGCGCUGGAAAAAUUGGGUAAUCAGGGGUAUUUUCACAUGGGUAAUGAUUGCUGGUUUCUGUCUUAUUAUUUAUGGUGGACCAUUAGCUCUGAUGGUCACAACUUUAAUUGUCCAAGUAAAAUGUUUUGCUGAAAUAAUAAAUAUUGGUUACGCUGUAUACAGAAUUCAUGGUUUACCUUGGUUUAGAUCAUUAUCAUGGUAUUUUUUGAUUACAUCAAAUUACUUUUUUUACGGUGAAAAUUUAAUGGAUUACUUUGCAGUUGUGAUAAAUAGAACAGAUUAUUUAAGAGUUUUAGUAACUUAUCAUCGUUUUAUAUCAUUUUGUUUAUACAUCGUUGGUUUUGUUUGGUUCGUUUUAUCACUUGUCAAAAAAUAUUACAUGAAACAAUUUUCAUUAUUUGCUUGGACACACGUUGCUCUUCUUAUCGUUGUCACGCAAAGUUAUUUAAUUAUUCAAAAUAUAUUUGAAGGCUUAAUUUGGUUUAUCGUUCCAGUAAGUAUGAUUGUAAUAAAUGAUGUGAUGGCAUAUGUAUUUGGAUUCUUUUUUGGUCGUACUCCCCUAAUAAAAUUAUCACCUAAAAAAACAUGGGAGGGUUUCAUAGGCGGUGGUAUUUCAACAGUAAUACUGGGAUUAAUGAUGUCAUACGUAAUGUGCCAAUAUCGAUACUUUGUGUGUCCUAUUGAAUAUAGUGAAUCUUUAGGACGAAUGACAAUGGACUGUGAAGUUUCAUCUCUCUUUAGACCACAAGAAUACGUACUUCCGGAGAGCUUACAAGCUUUUACUAGAAUAGUUAAUCUCAAGCCUAGUGUAACUCUGUACCCCUUUAUGCUACAUUCUCUCUCAAUGUCAGUAUUUAGUUCAGUUAUAGGACCAUUUGGUGGUUUCUUUGCUAGUGGAUUUAAACGUGCAUUCAAAAUUAAGGACUUUGGUGAUGUGAUUCCCGGUCAUGGUGGUAUAAUGGAUCGUUUUGACUGUCAGUACCUGAUGGCAACUUUUGUCAAUGUCUAUAUUUCUUCAUUCAUUCACACUGCAUCGCCACAAAAACUAUUGCAACUUGUUUACAAUUUGAAACCAGAACAACAGUUGCAAUUAUUUACGGCGUUACGAGAUUCUCUAGAGCAUAGAGGACUUCUUAAUGCUUCUUAA